UUAACUCCGCUUUCUACGGAGCGGAGAUUCUUCAGAAACUGAACACAAACAGAGGAGCUUCUUCAGAGAAACUCAUUAAGUAGCUUUCAUUAAAAGGAGACACCAUGACGAUACCCGAAUGAAGGCUGAAAUGGAGAUAAGGAGAAAUUCUUCUGGUUUCGAUCUUCUCCUGUCGGUAUGAACCCCAGCACCUCCUCCCAGCCUCCUGAGGAAGAGGAGGGCGACUGGCUCUUCCUCUCCUCUGAAUCCGCCCAGCCUCCAGGACCCAGCCGGGAACCGCAGGAGACGGAGGACCGAGGACCACUCAGAUCCAGGUUCAUCUCAGCCUGGAACAGCGUCAAAUAUGGUUGGUCCUUGAAGCAGAAAUCGAAGUUCAGUAAGAGGUCUCCUGUCAUCAUGUUCGGACAAUCCUACGAGCUCAAGGAUCACGGGGACAGGGAAUGUUUCCGCCGCGUCUUCUCCUCCCUCCUGUGGCUGACGUACAGACGGGGUUUCUCUCCGCUGCCCGGCGGCGCUCUGACCUCAGACAGCGGCUGGGGGUGUGUGUUACGCACCGGGCAGAUGCUGCUGGCCCGAGGCCUGCUGCUGCACCUCAUGCCCCCAGGCUGGACUUGGUGUGUGAGCCACCAUGCGGUCAAAGACGACCUGGAGCUGCUCCGCUCCACAGAAAGUGCAGAGAGCGGACAGCAAGUGAAGGAAGGACCCACCAAGAGGAGCAGGAAGCUGAGCCUGGGCUCCCUGCUGGACCGACCCAUGGAGGCCACUCACAGGCGGGUGGUGUCCUGGUUCACAGACCACCCCUCUGCUCCGUUUGGGAUUCACCAGCUGGUAGAGUUAGGGAAAAGCUCUGGGAAGAAGGCCGGGGACUGGUACGGUCCGUCCAUCGCUGCUCACAUCCUCCGGAAAGCAGUGGCAGCAUCAACAGAUAUUCCCAAUCUAGUCGUGUAUGUCGCACAAGAUUGUACUGUCUACCUGGAGGAUGUGAGGAGGCUGUGUGAGCGCCACCCCCCUCAGGCCUGGAGGUCCGUCAUCAUCCUGGUACCCGUUCGCCUCGGAGGACAAGAGCUGAACCGCUCCUACAUCUCAUGUGUCAAAAAACUGUUGACAUUACAAUGCUGCAUUGGGAUCAUCGGGGGAAAACCAAAGCACUCGUUAUUCUUCACUGGAUUCCAGGACGACCACCUGCUGUACCUGGACCCUCACUACUGUCAGCUCACUGUGGACAUCACAAAGGAGAACUUCCCCCUGGAGUCGUUUCACUGUAAAUAUCCGAGGAAGAUGUCUUUCUCUCGAAUGGACCCCAGCUGCACCAUCGGCUUCUACGCUAAAGGCCACAGAGACUUUGAGUCACUCUGCACCGCCGUUAACGAGGCUCUCACCACAUCAGCAUCGACGUACCCCAUUUUUAUUUUUGCAGAAGGCAGAAGUCAAGAGGAGGAGGAGAGAAGCAAAAUGCCAACAAACAACAUGGCGUACAUCCAGAGGAACAAAGGCAUGAAGAGUGUGAGCAACAGCAUGGAUGAGUUUGUUCUGUUAUGAAAAGAAGAAGAUACAAUCUGUGAUCAAUGAUCAAACAUGGCCACUACUGAGCUUCAUAAACAACGUCUAUAUGCAAUAACCCUUAAGGACACUAUCGUAACUGACACUACUUUAUUUUUACUGCUGGUUUGUGCACUAUUUUUAUUCAAUGUUUUAAGAGAUCAUAUAUAUAUGUAUAUCAUUCCAGUGAAGGAUUUUGAUGGAUGUUUUCUAAAGGUCAUGUUAUAUUUAAUCUGUUAAAAUAAUAGAAAUGGAAUAAAAAUAUGUUAAAACAAA